AUGAAGAAUCGAUUUCUGGUGCUGGGCUUGGUGGCGGUAGUUCUGGUGUUCGUCAUCAUCGGCCUCUGCAUCUGGCUGCCCACCACCUCUGGGAAGCCUGACCAUGUGUACUCCAGGGCGGCCGUGGCCACGGAUGCCAAGCGCUGCUCAGAGAUUGGACGGGAUAUGCUACAGGAAGGCGGCUCCGUGGUGGACUCGGCCAUCGCAAGCCUGCUGUGUAUGGGGCUCAUGAAUGCCCACAGUAUGGGCAUCGGGGGCGGCCUCUUCUUCACCAUCUACAACAGCACCACACGAAAAGCUGAAGUUAUCAAUGCCCGUGAAAUGGCUCCCAGGUUGGCCAAUACCAGCAUGUUCAAUAAUUCUAAGGACUCUGAAGAAGGCGGCCUUUCGGUGGCAGUUCCUGGUGAAAUCCGUGGCUAUGAGCUGGCACACCAACGGCAUGGCCGGCUACCCUGGGCUCGCCUCUUCCAACCCAGCAUCCAACUGGCUCGCCAUGGCUUCCCUGUGGGCAAGAGCUUGGCAAGAGCCCUGGACAAAAAACGGGACGUCAUUGAGAAGACACCUGCUUUGUGCGAGGUGUUCUGCCGGCAAGGGAAGGUUCUUCAGGAAGGAGAGACUGUAACUAUGCCGAAGUUGGCCGAUACUUUGCAAAUACUGGCCCAGGAAGGGGCCAAGGCCUUCUACAAUGGGAGCCUCACAGCCCAGAUUGUGAAAGACAUCCAGGAGGCUGGGGGCAUUAUGACGGUUGAGGACCUUAACAACUAUCGUGCGGAAGUGAUCGAGCAUCCGAUGAGCAUCAGCCUCGGGGACUCCACCCUGUACGUGCCCAGCGCCCCACUCAGCGGGCCCGUGCUGAUUCUCAUCUUGAACAUCCUCAAAGGAUACAACUUCUCUCCAAAGAGCGUGGCAACCCCAGAACAGAAGGCGCUGACGUAUCACCGUAUCGUGGAGGCCUUUCGGUUUGCCUAUGCCAAGAGGACCAUGCUCGGUGACCCAAAGUUUGUCGACGUGUCUCAGGUCAUCCGCAACAUGAGUUCUGAGUUCUACGCUACUCAGCUUCGAGCCCGCAUCACUGAUGAAACCACUCACCCAGCCGCCUACUAUGAGCCUGAAUUCUACCUUCCGGACGAUGGGGGCACCGCUCACCUGUCUGUGGUUUCCGAGGAUGGCAGUGCCGUGGCCGCCACCAGUACCAUCAACCUCUACUUUGGCUCCAAGGUCCUCUCGCGGGUCAGUGGCAUCCUGUUUAAUGACGAGAUGGAUGACUUCAGCUCGCCCAACUUCACCAACCAGUUCGGGGUAGCGCCCUCACCAGCCAACUUCAUCAAGCCAGGAAAGCAACCGCUUUCAUCCAUGUGCCCCUCAAUCAUCGUGGAUAAGGACGGCAAGGUUCGGAUGGUGGUCGGAGCCUCGGGAGGUACCCAGAUCACCACGUCUGUCGCACUGGUAGGUGCCUUUUGCCUGUUCUUUCCUGCCUCCUCCUCCUCUCCCUGCCCUUGCUUCCCGGCUAUGCUAACACCUUGCUAUCUACCCUUCCAGGCCAUUAUCAAUAGCCUGUGGUUCGGGUAUGAUGUGAAGAGAGCCGUGGAGGAGCCCCGACUUCACAACCAGCUUUUGCCCAAUACCACAACAGUAGAGAAAAAUAUUGAUCAGGUGGUGACUGCAGGUCUGAAGACUCGGCACCACCAUACAGAGGUCACACCCGACUUCAUCGCUGUGGUUCAGGCCGUCGUUCGAACGUCAGGCGGUUGGGCAGCUGCCUCAGAUUCCAGAAAAGGCGGGGAGCCCGCUGGCUACUGAGUGCCCGGAAGGGGCAAGACUGACCUGCAGCCAAGAGACGAGAGUGGGACUCUGGAGAACAUGCUGCCCCUGGGUGGGAGAGAGCAGGAUAAUAAACGGAGGCCACCGCCAAGUUGCGGGAAGCCUUUGCAGGCUGGA